UCGUGCGUUUUUUUUUCGGAGACCUGCUCGAUUUGGCUGCUUGGAUUAAUUCACCUGUGAAGGUUGGAGCUGUGGACACCGGCACGAACAAAAAGAGCGUUUAGCUUGUUUUCCACUCAUGCUAGAUAAAGUACCUAGAGUUGGUAGUUAAAUAAAUUAUCAAGUGUUGCUAGUUGAAUAAACUAGCUAGCGUUUUUAUGCUAAAUAAAGUAGCUAACAUAGCUAGCUAGCUAUGGGGCAUACAGUUAAUCCACUAACGGCCACCAACCGUCGCCGCGACGCGCGGACCGUUGAGGAUGACUCAGCUAAGAGGGAGGUUCUCCAGCUUCAGAUACGUGGGAAUGGCAGCAGAUCACGGCACUGUGCUGAGAAAAGGCGGAAAGCUGAAAGACUGAGAACGGAAGGAGGACGCUCUCCCACGAUGGCUUAUCCUGAUAAAUAGUAAGAUGUUUGAAGAACAUAAGGUCUUUCUGGUGGAGACGAGCAGAAGAGUUUACACAAUUUAAGGCCUUACAUGAUCUGAUUUACCAAUCCUACAUAUCAGAGGUCUAACCCUGUGUGAAGUUUGCAGUCUGCAUUGGCCUUGGACGCGUUUGCUUCUGUGCAUCGGUGUUGUGUGUGGACCUGAAGUACUGUACGUCUGUGCAGCCGCACGCACCGGUGGAGAGCAGCUUGCACAUUUGCAUGAGUCUGAGGUGCCAGUGAUGAUGGUGGAAUCAGCCUCUGAGACCAUUCGAACAACGCCGUCCAACCAGAACGGAGUCAGCAGCCUCAGUAGCCAGUCAGACGGAGGGGGCGGCAGGGAGGGCGGGUCCAACGGAGACGCCAACGGGGAGAUCAGCCCCGUCGACCUCCUGCACCUGCAGCAGCAACAGGCGCUCCAGGCAGCCAGACAGUUCCUCCUCCAGCAGGCCUCUGGCCUCAACUCCCCUGGCAGCAAUGAGGUCAAACAGAGCCCCGUGCAGGUACCUGUGUCCAUGGCGAUGAUGAGUCCACAGAUGAUCACUCCCCAGCAGAUGCAACAGAUCCUGUCCCCCCCUCAGCUGCAGGCCCUGCUGCAGCAACAGCAAGCUUUAAUGCUACAGCAGCUACAGGAGUACUACAAGAAGCAGCAGGAGCAGUUGCAUCUCCAGCUUCUGACUCAGCAGCAGCAACAGCAGCAGCAACAGCAGCAGCAGCAGCAGCAACAGGCGGGGAAGCAAGCGGCAAAAGAGCAGUUAAGCAGUAAGCAGUUGGCUUUCCAGCAGCAGCUGAUCCAGAUGCAGCAGCUUCAGCAACAGCACAUCCUUAAUCUCCAGAGACAAGGCCUGGUUCCACUGCAGCCCACCGCCGCCAUGCAGUCUCUGCAGCAAGCGAUGUGUCCGUCAGACCUCCAGCAGCUGUGGAAAGAAGUGUCGGGAGUGCCAAGCAGCGAGGACGCCCUGAAACAGGCCGAGGGCCUGGACUUGAGCACCAACAGCUCCAACUCUACCUCAGCCUUCCCCAAAGCUGCCAGCGCUCACCUCCCACUGCAUAGUAUGCCCAAUGGACAGAGCCACACCCCAAAGAGAGACAGAGCCAGACUGUUUGAGUGGAUAUCGUCCUUCACCAAGGCAGACAGCGGAGAUGACCAUGUUCCCCUUUACUCCAAAGGCAGCCAACCCCCCAGCAGCCAUCACGAGGAGCACGCCAGCUCCCAUCCUCUCUACGGACAUGGAGAGUGUAAGUGGCCUGGCUGUGAAGCACUGUGCGAGGACAUGGGGCAGUUCAUUAAGCACUUGAACAAUGAACAUGCCCUGGAUGACCGCAGCACUGCUCAGUGCCGAGUCCAGAUGCAGGUGGUUCAGCAACUGGAGAUACAGCUGGCCAAAGAGAGCGAGCGACUCCAGGCCAUGAUGACCCACCUGCACAUGCGCCCCUCGGAGCCAAAGCCGUUCAACCAGCCCCUCAACCUGGCUUCCAGUGGCUCUCUGUUAAAGCGAGACAGCGAGGCCUAUCCGGAGGGUCUCCCCCACCCCCCCACCUCCGCCGCCACCCCCAUCACCCCACUGCGCCAGGGACCCUCGGUCAUCAGCUCAUCGAGCCUGCACUCGCACUCCCACACGCACGCGGUCGGGCCCAUACGUAGACGCAACUCCGACAAGUACUGCACCCCCAUCGCCUCAGAGCUGGCCCAGAACUGUGAGUUCUACAAGAAUGCUGAUGUCAGGCCUCCCUUUACCUACGCGUCUCUUAUACGUCACGCCAUCCUGGAGUCCCCAGAGAGGCAGCUGACCCUCAACGAGAUCUACAACUGGUUUACACGAAAGUUUGCCUAUUUCAGGAGAAACACAGCCACAUGGAAGAAUGCUGUGCGCCACAACCUGAGUCUGCACAAGUGUUUUGUUCGCGUUGAAAACGUGAAGGGGGCCGUGUGGACUGUGGAUGAAGUCGAAUACCAAAAGAGGAGACCACCAAAGAUGACCGGAAGUCCCACUCUGGUGAAAAACAUGAUUUCAGGCCUGGGCUUUGGAUCCCUAAACGCCAGCUAUCAGGCCGCUCUGGCAGAGAGCAGUCUGUCCCUGCUAAACAGCCCCUCCUUGGUGACCCCUCCGUCUGCGGCCAGCCUCAACAUGCUGCACGUGGGCCACGAUGAUGUCAGCUCCACCGUGGAGCAGGUCAACAGCAACGGCAGCUGCAGCCCCACGCUCAGCCCUCAGCAGUACAGCCACCCCGUGCAUGUGAAGGAGGAGCCCACUGAGCUGGAGGAGGACAGUCGGCCCGUGUCCCUGCUGGCCGGCGUCACACACAGCCUGCCGCUGCCGAGCGACGAGCGCGACCUGGAGGAGGAUCUUCCCACCGAGGAGCUGGAGUAGGACGCAUCCAACGCCGAGCAGAGGGGCGGGACACAGCGAGCCCUCCCGUCAGUGUGAGAGGAAACGAUAGAUACAGUACACUUAACAAGAGAAGAGUGAAAAAAGAGAAUGCUUUUUUUCGUUGUUAUUGUUUUUAAGAAAAUGCAAGCAACCAAGGAAGACAUUGAAAAACUCCAAACAGGGUUAGAUGACCUCCGUUACUUCUAGACGCAAAAACCAGACUGUGGAGCACUGCUUUUACCUCCAUGUGUUUCUUUUCCAACACUUGGCUCAGAGGUGUAACACCACUUAAUGCAUAUACACUCACACAAACACACAACCGUUCACCACGCGUCACCAUCCUCCCUGAUCAACAUCGGCCUCUGUGUAGAGACCCCUCGAGGCACGGACACGCGCUCUCCUCCUCGUCCCAACUCUGCACUCUGUCUCGGGUGCACGGCUAGUCGUCGGCUGAGGACACACGAGGGCGGAUGUGUGUUGAAAACAAAGGCACACGGAAUCAUGUGUAUAUAGAGUUGGAGCAGUCACCAGGGGCUGUGCAGUAUACCUCUCCUUACUCCCCGUUUAGUCAAUCACUUGCUUUUUCAUUUCCUCUGAUUGAAAUGAAACUGUUGGGCUUCCAGAUGGGAAGGAAAGAGUGAAGGACAGAAGAGCGCUUUCAAAGAUUACCUCCCACACUUCUGCCUCCGUGUCUGUGUGCGAGGCCACAGCGAGGCUGACCCGACAGAGUCCCUGUCCAAACCUCUGCCCCCAGAAAGACACUUAGUCUCAGACGUCGUUUGAACACUUUGCUUCUGAGUGAGUAAAAAAAGAAGACAUUUUUGCCCACCUCUAUCCCUUUUCCACCUCUCCCAGACAGACUGCAGGAAUAGGACCGUUUGGUGCUGUCCUUCUCCUCCUCUCCAUCCUCCGAUGGACUGAUGGAGCUCGGAACACUUUGAGACUGACAGGAAAAGAGGGGAAGCAGAGAAAUAUUGUGACUUAAGAUGAAAACUGUUGAUUAUGGAAUAUAACAAGAAAAAAUGUGUGGUAGCUUUUGUCAUUUCUCUUUUUUUAUUUGCUGUUAUUAUCAUUGUUUCUUUUGAGGAUCGAUAUUCCCACAGUGGCGUUCUGUUUCGACGUACCUUUUUUUAAGGAUGCUGGUUUCGUUUUUGUGUUGUAAUUUGAUUUUCUCUGGUUGUUCACACCAUUCCAAGUAAGUAUUGGCAAGAAAAAAAAAGCGCAGUAUUGUCCCAACUUGUAAUACCUGACCCAGACUCCUGCCCCCACUCCUCCUUUUCUGUCCUAAGUGUAGCAGACAAGAAAUAUGGAAAUAGCACUUAAAGUUGCCAUUAUCCAGACAGAUUAUUUAACAGCUCUUUGUUUGUUUUACUUUUUUUCUCAUUCACUUGAUUUUGGUUGUGUAUUUAGUUUCAAAAUAUCAGUAAUGCUUUAAAAUAUAUAUAUAAAUAUAUAUAUUAUUACUGCAGUCAGAGAAUACCUCAUCCCACAAGGGUUCCGCCUAGAACUGUGUCCAAAUUGAUAAAGAAAUAAGGGGGGAUACUUUCUGUGGGACACCAAAUGCGGCGACUCUGCUCAGCUUUGAUUCAAAGCUCAAUGGUUGUAAUAGUUACUGUGUAGAAGCGAUCAGCAAUUCACUGUGUGAGUUUGUGUUAAAGGAAAAAGCACGUGAGACUUUUUUUUCUUUUUGCUUUUGCUUUCUGUGAGCAUAAAAACAUUAGUUUUCUCUACAGUGCCAUGCCAAAUUGAACUUUACUUUAUUCUAUUAUCUUAUUCCCAUUUUAUUUUUGUUACAGGUAACCAAAGAAAUAUGUAGAAAACCAAAAACCCUGUAGUUUUUUUAUUUGUCAUUUUUAGUUUGCUUUUCUUUUUCUUGAAGAACUGACCCAAAAGACAGCAAACCAGAGUUUAAAUUCUUCUUACUGUGUUCAUAUUACCGCUGUGUUGAAGUGAAACAUAACUUACAGUGCUGACCAUUCCGAAAAACCAAAGUGUGUGAAGCAAACUGUCAAAGCUUUUACAUGAUAACUGGUUACGAGUGACUCACGUUAAAUAUGAGGCCAAAAAUGAGUAACGAACCUCGCACAGUUCCUCGAAACGCGCAAACGAAAGACAAGAAAAGCACUUAGAGGUGAAACCCGCUCUGUCUCUGUCUCCUGUGCUCAGGCUCAACUGUGUUGUGAGGCUUUUGGAAACUUUACAACCUGAGAUACCACCAAAAAAGGGAGCUGAAACACAAACCACAACAUUAGGCUCUGUGGAAACACCUGGAUUCUAAGAUGUUGUACUGGUGCUGUCACAUAAAACGGACUUCAUCCAUCUGGGAAACCACCUUCCCUUCCUGACUUACGUUUAGUGUUCACAGGAAGGGGACAUACUGUAAUGAAGUAACAAAUGUCACAUCUUUGGUCAGGGGUGAGUAAAUGAGUAUUAAGAUCAAGAGGGAACAACAAAAACAAUGAAAAUCUACCAAUGGAAGAGGAAAACAACCAAGGAACAUCAUCUAAUUUAAAGUUCGGUUCAUAUUUUUCUUCUUUCUGUCAAACAACUCUUGCACUUCGGACAGUUUCUGCUUAUUUAAUGACGACUUUGUGUUCAAACAGGACUGUUUCCUGUCACACUGACUGAUCGAUUGAACCAAGAACAAAGUGGCAGAUAAAAACCAAAAAUAACACUACCUCCUUUUAAAACGGUUCCACACAUAGCCAAUGGAAGACUGACCUGUCUUAAGUAUUUUUCCCUCCAUUCCUCCUCAACGAUACUAACGAAUGCCAAAUUUGUGUUACACUAACUGUAUGACCAACAACGAGAAGCUAUUUAGAUCCGACCUCCCUAACACAUCUGCUUGAGCUCCAAAACGUAGAGACUUUCACUUUCCACGGAAUUAAAAAUGACUACCUCUCGUCAAAUCGCAUCUAAAGCACUCUCUGCGUCUCCACGCGUGUUGUGAAGCAGUCACUGUAUACGGUAUCAGCUGCGUGCUUCGCCCUCAGCUACGUGGACGCUCUGUCCUGCGUGCGUUUGAACGCGCGCCUGCACUCGGCCGGUGGGAGAUUGGUCGUUAGUGGCUACAGUAUGUGCUGGUUGUCAGGGGUGAUGACGGGCAAAAUAUAUCAGUGUGACACACACAUACAGUGAAUAUAGAAAUCCAGACGGCGCGGAAGCAGGGCUACGGGUUAGUGCAAGCAGAGGCUCUGACCAUCCAUUUAUCCAAAGACCCACACACAGCAGCAACCCUUUCACCAAAACACACACACACACACACACAGAGGCGCUGAGGUAAUAUCCAAACGUAGAGGAACUGCUGCACACAGUACAUAGAUGAUCUCUGACUCGUGCUUUAAGGUACACCUGUUAACAAAGCUGUUUUAUAAAGAUGUAGAUUGUUCACAGGUCGCCAUGUAACACUUCUGUUCUUUCUCCAGCUUGGCAUAACAUGAUAUAUUCUUGUAUAUUAACGCUUGACCUAUCUCUCCAGGGCAUUCUUUCCUAUUCUGUCCAUUGAGUUUCUUCUUCUUAGUUUUUUUUUUUUGGGUUUCCUUCUGUUUCGUUUGUAUUCCUGCACCUGUUUAGCUAUUGUAAAGCUUUCAGCUCUGAUUCCUAUACUGUACUGCUAAUGCUAAAGUAUAUGUAUUUAUCAUAUUAAGUGCAGCAGGUAUCUUGGUUUAAUAGUUUUGCUUUUGUUUUUUGUUUCUUUCCACCUUUUCAGUUCUUCAUAAAACGUCUGGGACGCUGAUUUUUUCAAGUGUAUUAUCUCUAAAAAAGUUAAAAGAAUAAAGGUUAGAUCAGUGGUUUAGGUAACACCUGUUUGUAUAUUUAUCUUAGCUAGGUCUAUUUUGAUACUUUUUGUCUCUGUACUGCAUUUAUGCAUUUUUAAGGAAAGAAAAAAAAACUAAUGGAAAACAAACAAAAAGUUACUUCAUUAUGUCUUGAUACCUCAGAAGGACUUUUUCUCAAAGACAGGACCAAAACCUCCACAAAGAAAAAGAGAGAAAGAGGAAAAAAUGUCAGAAUAUGUAGCCCCUCUGUUGCUUUAAAAAAUGAAAGGUAUUGCUGUUGGUCCUUUUGGGUGCCAAUAUGUGUCCCUGCUCCACAUGACCCCUCCUCUGACCCCUGAGCCCCGUCUUUUCUGUGCUGAACCCUGACCCGCAGAGCUGUCAAUCAUCUGCAGGCACUGUGGGGGUGUCACUGAGUCCCACCUGGCCGAUGGUGACCAGUCACAAACCUCGUCUCCCAGUCUGGCGGUGGCAGAACAAAGUCUGGCACCGCUGCAUUUUUAACGUUCCUUCUUUUGCAUCGUCUCAGUACCAAAAUGUGGAAUGGAUCAGAGAUGCAGCUCAUCUUCUGACGACCAAAGGCAUUGCAGGCAAACAUUGCUUAGUCCAAACUCCUGAACUGUAACCAAACUGUACCCGAACCAAUGCCGCAGACGUAACCAAACGAAACACAAGCUACUUCCAAAACUCUCCAUCGACUUCACUGAUCACCUUUACCGACAGCUGUCAUCUGCUGUGCUUUACAUUCGCAUGAUGGUGUCGAAGGACCAGCAUGAAUCCUUACAGCUGGCGACAGACUCAAAGGAUGCAGGGAGGUCACAUCCUGGCGCGUGAUUGGACAGUUCUGAGGUGUCAUGUGAGGGGUGGGGAGGGGACUCUUGCCUGACGGUAUUAUAAAGUAGACAACCAUGACCGUGCUCAUGGUCAUGAUGGAACUACCACUUCAGCGCUCCUCUGGUUAAACCUUAGGAAUGUGUGUACAUUUUCAGCAGUGACUCUGUAUUGUUUCUUAGUUUCAGUUUACUCGUUUAUGUCUUUAUCCUUUGGUUUUUGUUGCGUUUCUUGUUAUUUGAAAGUGUGACCCGAGGAAGAGGCGGGGACAGGGACUGGGCCGUUGCUUCAGACACACAGUGGAGCCCAGCCCUCUGACCCUUCACCCCGGGUAGCCAUGUAAUGCCAGUCACUGCCCUUUCCUUCAUGCUGUAUAAAAACACACACAUAUAUCUGUGUAUUUGUAACCUGAAUCUUCUUGUGUCUGUCCAUGCAGACAAUAAAAAACUGUACAGUAGGUCUAGUUGCAUGUAAUCUGUACUAAUUAUUGACAAUGGCAUUAUAAAAUGCAAUAAAAUACUUAUUACACUGUC